CGCUGAUUGGCCGCCAGCGCUUGGUCCGAUUUUGUCUCAUUUUGUUAAUCAGGCCGCGUUCAUGGGACGCCGGAUAGAAACCGGAUCAUCGCAUCCUCGUUCAACGGCGUAUUUUGUCGGCGUGUGUCGAUCUGCGUAGAGGAAGAAUGCUGGAAAACAAGAGGGAGAGAUUUAAAACGUUUCUGAGAAAGAUCGACGAGAGCGCCAUAUCGCGAAUCAAGCAUUUAAUGAAGGAGAGCUAUGCGGUGGACGCCGGGACGAUCCCCGCGAAGGUGAAGAAGGGGAGGACGAAAAGCAAGCUGGGGAGCAGGAAGGUGUUUAGUUUGGAGGAGAAUCAGCUGGAGGUUCAGCAGCAGACCAAGAGCCUGAGCCGGCAGGUCCUGCACAGGUCUCACACUCUUGAUAUCGACAGACCUCUGGAGAGAAGCGAAAGCCUCAACUCAAGAAGUAGUUUUAUGAAGCACAACAAAACAUUCCACAAACUCUUCCCAGAAGUCCCCGAGACUGAAGACCUGCUGCAUGCUUACGUGUGUGCGCUGCAGAAGGAAGUGCCUUAUCACGGCCGUCUGUACGUCACCGACAGCAGCCUGUGCUUCUUCUCCUCCGUGCUGCUCAAAGACACCAAGCUGGUCGUUCCCGUCGCCAGUGUGAGCGUCCUGAAGAAGCAGAACACAGCGCUGCUCGUGCCAAACGCCGUUUCCAUCCGAACCACAGACGGAGAGAAGUAUUUGUUCGUGUCUCUGCGUAACAGAGAAGGCUGCUAUAAGCUGCUGCGAUCCGUCUGUCCUCAGCUGGAGGACGGAAGUGCCAACAGCAGCCCUCUCUUCUCAUCGGCCGAGAACAGCUUCGAUCAGGCCAAACCCCUGAACUCCAGUCACUCCAGUCUGGACGAGCGGGACGAAGUGUCUCCUCAGAUCCAGCUCUCUGCGUCUCCACUCGCUUCAGAAAACACUGCGAUCAAAAGCCCUUCAGCGACUCGCGGCUCACCGCAGACGGCAGACGAGAGCUCGGGUGACGAAGACACCGGAAGUUCGUGGGUCUGGAGCGUGACGGAUAGAGCGCGAUCUCUGCUCAUCCAAAGAGAAGUCCGCAACCUCAACACUCUGCUGCUCAUCUACCUGAUCCUGUGA